UGUCUAUUCCCUGGAGAGAACGGUGACAGUGUCGUUGGGUGGGUACACAUUGCGUCAGGGAGCAGCGCCCUCUGUGAUUGGACGGCAGUGGAACAGAGGUUUAGCGCCAGUUUCGAGGACUCUAGCAGCAGCCACAGCCGCAGAUAUGUUUGUCAACGAUUUCCGUAAGGAGUUCUACGACAUCAUCGUAAACCAGCGUGUGCUUCUCCUUGUUGCUUCCGAUGUUGAUGCCCUGUGUGCUUGUAAAGUACUUCAGGCCUUAUUUCAGUGUGAUCAUGUCCAGUACACAUUGGUCCCAGUAGCUAGCUGGCAGGAACUUGAAACUCUCUUCCUUGAACACAAAGAACAGUUUCAUUAUUUUGUUCUUAUAAAUUGUGGGGCAAAUAUUGACCUCCUGGAGACUUUGCAGCCACAGGAAGAGACCGUCUUCUUCAUAUGCGACACCCACAGACCAAUAGAUGUAGUAAAUGUGUACAAUGACAGCCAGAUAAAGUUGCUGAUCAAACAAGAUGAUGACCUGGAAAUCCCAUCUUAUGAUGACAUUUUCCGUGAUGAUGAUGAAGAGGAUGGAGAUGACUCUGGGAAUGACAGUGAUGGCUCUGAGCCUUCAGGAAAGCGGCGGCGUUUUGAUGAGGGAGCAGUGGAAAGAAGGAUCGAGAAACGACGCCAGAGAAGAGAGUGGGAGGCACGCAGGAGAGAGAUCAUCUUUGACUAUGAGCAGUAUGAAUACCAUGGAACGUCUGCUGCAAUGAUGAUGUUUGAAUUGGCCUGGAUCAUGUCUAAAGAUUCAAAUGACAUGUUGUGGUGGGCUGUUAUUGGUCUGACAGAUCAGUGGGUCCAAGACAGAAUCACUCAGAUGAAAUAUGUAACUGAUGUGGGAACUCUCCAACGUCAUGUGUCCCGACACAACCACCGGAAUGAAGAUGAAGAAAAUUCACUCUCCAUUGACUGCAUGAGGAUUGCAUUUGAGUAUGAUGUGCGUCUAUCUUUAUAUCAGCAUUGGUCAUUGUUUGAAAGCAUUUGUAACUCUUGCUACACAACCUCCAGUCUCAAACUGUGGUCUGUGCAGGGUCAGAAAAGACUUCAAGAGUUUUUGGCUGAUAUGGGAAUGCCUUUGAAGCAAGUGAAACAGAAGUUUAACUCCAUGGAUAUUUCCUUAAAGGAAAAUCUCAGAGAAAUGAUAGAAGAAUCUGCCAACAAAUUUGGAAUGAAAGACAUCCGGGUGCAGACUUUCAGUGUGCAAUUUGGUUUUAAGAAUAGGUUCCUUGCCAGUGACAUUGUGUUUGCUGUGAUUUCACUCUUGGAAAACACAGAGAAAGAUGAGCAUGGGACGGAUAACUUUAUCAUGGCUUUAGAUAGCUUGUCCAGGAGCAACCUGGCCAAACUGCACCUUGGUCUGGAUCUUGCCAAGAAGCUAUUACGUGCCAUUCAACAGAUUGUGGCGAGCUGCAUUUGCACUAAUCUUAUUUUGUCCCAGGGUCCUUUCCUAUACUGCUAUCUCAUGGAGGGAACUCCGGAUGUAAAGAUGUUCUCCAAGCCUGUAUCCUUGUGUCUCCUUUGUAAAUACCUGCUGAAAUCAUUUGUCUGUUCUACUAAGAACAAGCGGUGUAAGCUGUUACCUCUGGUUCUGGCGGCUCCACUGGAUGUGGAGAAGGGAACAGUGAUCAUGGUGGGAAUUCCUCCAGAAGUUGAGGGCUCUGACAGAAAGAAUUUCUUUGGUCGAGCCUUUGAGAAAGCUGCGGAAAGCACCAGUUCUCGGACACUUCACAAUCAAUUUGAUAUGUCUAUCAUUGAAUUGAGGACAGAAGACCGUAGCAAGUUCCUGGAUGCUCUCAUCUCGCUCCUAUCAUAAGUGAUAAUACGUCAAUCCUGUGGACCCUGGUGUUUCAUCACAUCCUGCAUCCAUGUGUAAAUGUGCUGUUUUAUCUGUGUGUGUUUUUUACGUGUCUUUUAUGUACAAACUUAAAUUAUGGCAUUUCAGAAAUAAUGUAAUGUUUUAUCCAACUAUCUCCCUCUUUAGUAUUUCCUUUUUAAAAUGUAAAUAAAACUUCAAGCUAUCAGA